AUGGCUUCUUCCAAUCACUACAAGACAAUUAACCCGGCAACAGGCCAACUCGUGAGAUCUUUUCCAGACAGCACCGAUCUUGACGUCAGUAAAGCACUGAGCACUGCUCAAGAAUGCUUUGAGAAGGACUGGAGGUGGCGUACCGCCAGCUCUAGAGCAGAGAUUAUGACGCGCGCGGCUGGUCUCAUCAGGGACCGCACUGCACAGCUAGCUGAGAUUGCAACCAAGGACAUGGGUAAAUUAUACACCGAAGCAUGCUAUGAAGUUUCACUGUCAGCCGAUAUUCUGGAGUACUUUGCCGUGAAUGCUGAGAGUUUCCUGAGACCGACAACUGUCCAGGAGCGCGGAAGCGGAGCUGUGGCGGAAGUUGUUUCUGAGCCCAUCGGUAUUAUUGUUGCCGUCGAACCUUGGAAUUACCCCUACUAUCAACUUGCACGCGUCGCAGGACCACAGUUGAUGGCUGGCAAUGUGGUGCUAGCGAAGCAUGCAGCAUCAGUGCCCCAAUGUGCACUCGCCUUCGCGAAGAUCUUCGAAGAUGCUGGUGCGCCCCCUGGGGCCUACACGAACAUCUUUGGUUCCCGAUCGCAGAUGAAUCAAUUAGUCGAUGAUUUCCGUGUGCGUGGCGUCACGCUUACAGGUAGCGAGGCGGCCGGCGCAGGCGUCGCCGAACGUGCCGGACGACACCUAAAGAAAGUUGUCCUUGAAUUAGGCGGGUCUGAUCCUUUCGUAGUGCUCGAAGAUGCGAACCUGGAGGCUGCUAUAUCACGGGCUAGUAGUGGUCGCUUGGUGGCUAUGGGUCAAGUUUGUGCCGCGCCUAAACGGUUCAUCGUUGUCGGUAAAGAACGUGGUGAUCUCUUUCUUGAGGGUGUGAAGCAACACUUCAGCUCCCUAGAAGCUGGAGAUCCGAUGGACCCGAAAACGACGAUUGGUCCAGUUUUCUCCGAAAGCGCUUUGCAAACCUUGCUGGAGCAGAUCCAUCGAGCCGUGGAACACGGCGCCACACUAGUGUGCGGUGGUAAACGUAUCGACCGCCCGGGCUUUUAUCUCGAGCCUACCAUCCUUACAAAUAUUUCGGCUGAGAACCCUAUUUACAAGGAAGAGAUGUUUGGUCCAGUGGCAAUGAUGUUCUCCGUCGACACAGAUGAUGCGGCAGUUGAACUCGCGAACGCCACUAGAUACGGUCUUGGCUCGUCUGUUAAUAGCGAGGACCCCAAGCACGCCCGUGCGGUAGCUGACAGGAUUGAUGCGGGAAUGGUGUUCAUCAAUUCGUGCACUGUCACGCUUCCUGAGUUGCCUUUCGGGGGCAUUAAAAACUCUGGCUUCGGCAGGGAAUUGUCUGACUUGGGAUUCAGUGAAUUUCUGAACAAAAAACUUAUUCGGAUGGCGCCGACGAACUAG